GUCUACUUUCUCUUUUGCUCCACUUCCUUAUUUGAUCCACUUAUAGUUCUGCUGCCUAAAUGCUUCAUGUCUGCCUAAACCUUACACUCUUUAUAUAAACACCUUAGAUAGCUACCUUUUACAAUGCAAUCAAUUCUCCAUGACCUUCAGUACCCAAUACCCUUUCAACCCAAUAUAAGUCCUCGGUACAAUGAUGCAGUGCGUGAUACAGAUGCAGGGUAGUUUAUAGAGGCGUCGUAAUUCUCUGCUCGCGCUAGUUGUCGCCCCCCUCGUAGUCCACGGCACCACCACCGUGCUAUCCCCUGACCCCCACCACCCUACCAGCCUCCAACUCUUCAAACCAUCUCCUCCUUUCACACUUCCAUCAACUCGCCAUCCUUGGUGGAUAUCGCGACGAAUCUGCUUCGCUUCCUCUCUUGCAGAGAGAUCAAAUCCCACGAUCUCUUGGUCGCGAUUUUGCUAGGGAUGGGUUGGAGAUACAAUUCCUCGCAAUCAACAUCUCUGGUAAGCUUCUCCCACCUCUCCUCCAUCUUCCCAUCCUCCAUACACCUUUCAUCCAUUCCUCUUCGCAUGGUAAAUCGAAAGUCGCAAACUUACUGACGAACUGACGCUUCGCAGUCCUCGUCACCAUCAAAACAAAGCGCGAGUUCAAGCUCAUCCCAUGGAAUGAAUUCAGGAGCACACGCAAUGGCAACGCUGUCCGUAAGUAUGCCAUCAUCUAUCUUCUUGUAUCAUCGAGCUAAUCAAUUACAGAAAGGCUACACAGGUCACCUUGUGUGCCUCGUGGGAGGUACACCUCCACGCAAUGGCAGCUGUCCGUAAGUCCUCCUCGUCCCCUCUGAUCCCUCCGAAGUAUACUGACAGCUCCCAGGAAAGGUACUCAAGUACCUUGGUCCACAAUGACCGAAAACUACGCUGAGGCCCUACCGUCCGGUCGCUUCAGAGUCCCGACACUUGC